UGAGACCGCUUCACCCCUAAUGUAAUCUCACUCCAAACGUUUGAUGAAACUUGAGAGUCCUGUAGUUCUGUCAUGCAGUGACAGAGAGUGGGCACAAGUUAUAAAAGUUCCCCGUCCAGACAGCCCAGGAACUUAACCAUGCAGAGGUGUGAAAGCGCCUCAUACAGCAAGCCCUUUUCAACUGAAUUGAAAACCCACGUUCAGCGAUGACCCCUUGAGAUUUAUUCUUAAAAUAGCUAAGCAGGCUAGAUAGAUUUAAAAAAAACGGAGCUUUUGUGCAGUGUGCAGUGCUUGAUUAGUCCCCCGUCCUUCGGACGCUGCAGAUCAAAUUCCGUUGUCUGUUGGUUUGCUGCAACAUUUUUUUUUUCAUUUUUAGACAGGCUCUUCUCCCCCUUUUCAGUGCGAAAAUACUCGGGGUUGCAUCACCGGGCGAUCGGAUCUAACGACACCAAUGAUCAAGACGCUUCCUGUCCGAAUUUAUAACCAAGAUAACUAUACAGCGUCAAUAUACUUUACGACAACCCCCAGCGAAUUCGCCACUUUAAAUUCAUGAUGUCACAUAUGCCGACGGUGACAUGUGAAUCAGUAGGGCCGCCUCCCGAAAGGUCAGAAGAGUUGGUGACUGGAUCUCCAUUACCGCCGCGUCUCCGUGCACCGAGUUCGGGUGUCGGUGCGAGACAGGACAGCACAGUGCAGGUGAUUCCGGUACAUCUGUCCCGAGCCGCAAUGCUGGCUGCCGCGGCCUGCGGUAUUGGGGCCGUGUUGCUUCUCCGUGGAUGGAUGGACUCGGUGCGGGCGGCGAAAAAGACGCGCAGAGCCCGCAUACGCAGGGACGAGUCGUUUGGGCUCGCCGAAAAAGCCGUGAAGGAGUUCGCAGAACAGAACCCGGGGAUAGAUAGUAAUGAAGUUACGGCUCUGUCUCUCAAUGAGCUCUGCAAACAACUGAAAGACGGAGAGUUGAGUCCCCACGCUGUUCUUCAUGCCUACAUUGAGAAGGCAUUGCAGGUGAGCCGGAGGCUCAACUGCAGCACCGAGUUCCUCUUGGAGAGUCGCGAACAGCUGAGGGAGAUAGAGACGCAUCAGGAUGGACUCCUGUUUGGCAUCCCUGUUAGCAUAAAGGAUAAUUUGAAUUACAAGGGUCAUGACUCCAGCUGCGGUGUCAUCUCUAAGCUGGACCAGCCUGCCACUGCCGACUCGGUCCUGGUCCAGGUGCUGAAAAGACAGGGUGCUGUACCAUUUGUCAAGACUAAUGUUCCUCAGGGACUGCUCAACUACGACUGCAGUAACCCAAUAUAUGGACAGACACUGAACCCUUGCAAUCUUCAGAAGACUUCAGGGGGGUCCUCUGGAGGGGAGGGGGCGCUGAUUGCUGGAGGAGGAUCCAUCCUGGGAAUCGGGACAGAUAUUGGCGGCAGCGUUCGCAUUCCAGCGUCUUUUUGCGAAAUUUGCGGCUUCAAACCCACUUCUGGCCGAUUGAGUUUGCGUGGUUGUGCUUCAUGUGUCCGAGGACAAAAAUCUGUCUUGUCGACAGCCGGCUGCUUGGCUAAGGAUGUAGACGGCCUUGCCCUGUGUAUGAAGGCACUUUUAUGUGAAGACAUGUAUUUUCUGGACCCUACAGUCCCUCCAGUUCCAUUUAAGGAGCAGGUGUACUCCAGCACCAGGCCGCUAAGAAUUGGGUACUAUGAGAACGAUGGCAUGACGCUGCCAUCUCCUGGCAUGAGCCGAGCUCUGCGGGAGGUCAGAGAGCUGCUGGAAAAAGCAGGGCACACGAUUGUCCCAUUCACUCCGCCAAGGCUGUUCUACGCCAUGCAUGAGUUGACCAUCAGGGGAAUUCUGGCAGAUGCAGGUGUCUCACUCCUUAGCAAUUUGAAAGGAAGCCCAAUUGACCCAUGCCUUAAAGAUCAGACCAACAGCUAUAAACUUCCUCUGAUCUUCAGGAAGAUCUGUUCCUUUUUCCUGAACCCACUGUACCCUCGCCUAGCAAAUGCAAUUCAGGGAACUUGUGGAGUCAGUUCAGUGACUGAUCUUUGGAAGCAGCAUGCUGAUGUUGAGGACUACACCCAUGAGUUCAUUGCAGAGUGGAGAAAGCUGGAGUUGGACGUGGUUCUCUGCCCCAUGCUUGGCCCAGCAUACAACUUUGGAUUUUGUGGGAAACUUACCUGUGCCUCCAGUUAUACUGCCCUCUAUAAUCUUGUCAACUUUCCGGCUGGAGCUGUGCCUGUCUCCACGGUAACACAGGAGGACGAGAAUGAGCUAAAGCAUUAUAAGGGUAAUUUUGGUGAUAUCUGGGACAAGACCUUCAAAAAGGCUGUGACAGGUGGUCAAGGGCUGCCAGUGGCUGUGCAGUGCAUCUCUCUGCCCUGGCAGGAUGAGCUGUGCCUACGCUUCAUGUGGGAGAUUGAGCAGCUAGUCAAACAGCACAGAAACCAGUAGCCUCAUUUAGCAGCAGUUUGGCUGUAGAUCUAGUCUGUGCAUCAAGGGCUGCAUGAUAUCACAUUGUGAUUACAUGACAUGUGCAGUAAUCACCAGGUCUUUAGAUGACGGUGAUAUCGUACAGCUGCAGUGCAGCAGUAGACUGGAUCAUGUGUACUCCACAUUUUUUAUGUUUUGUUUUGCUAAAUAAAAAAAAAUGGGUGAUGGAAAAACUAUUUGAUUAUGCCUUUGAUAUAACAUGCAUUAGUAAGCAAACGUUUAUGGUUAUUCUAAACCUGGUGAACAGGAAUAGAUGUGUAGGAUUUUAGGCCUUAAGGCAGCAGGGACACUGAAAAUAGGGAAACUUGCUGGCGUAUGUUCAGCGGAAAUGUUGGUAGCUCCCUUCCUGGACAUCUUUGUUUUAAGUAGACACUUCUAAAGGAAUGGUUUAGGUGUCAACUUUUCUUAGGCCAGCAUUAGGCUGAAGUGUUUUUCCCAAAAACUUUGACAUCUGAGCAAUAAUCCAUACUUUGAGGUGGACUGAGAAAGCAACUGUUUCAAAGCGUACACCCUAUAGCUGCAGUAGGACACCAUAAGCAUGCUAUACCUCCAUUGGUCCAAUGUUUCUAACAAUAUAUGACUCGUACUGCUCAAGUGAAUCAUGCAUCUUCCCACUCUAUGUGAACCUGAGUGACGGCGACGUCAUGCUUUUCAGUGCUUUUUCAUGAAGUUUUCUGAAGGUUCUGUAAUGGUUUUGGAACAUUUCUCUGUGGGUUCUUUGAAAUGGUGAAAAUAAUAGGGCUGCUGCGAUUCGUCGACGUUAAAAUGGUCGACAUCAGUAUUUUAAAUUGACAUUUUUUGUAAAAUUGCCUUUACAAUUUCUAAAACACUUCAUUAUAACAAAUUAAUCGUUUAAUAUCACUAGGUAAUUGUGGGAGUACUUCACAUUAUCACCAAACAAAAAGGUGGUUUGCACACCAUGCAAAGUUCGAUGAUAUACUACAGUGGCACUAGCGCUAUGCACGAGCACCUAGAGAGAAAACAACCAGGCACAUACAGUAUGUUGUCAAAAUAAAAAUAAACGGUCAGUUUGAUUUUUUUGGAGGAAAAUUAGUCAUUUAUAUUAAUUGACCAAUUGGUAAAAUAGUCGUUAGAUUUAUCCAUCAAAAAAAUUAUCGUUAGUGGCAGCCCUAGAAAAUAGGAUUAGCCAGAGACCAUGAGAGCGAUAUGUUCCUACAGGAUGAUAAAAUAUCCAGUCUUUCCAGUUUUAUUCAACUGUUAAGCUUCCCAAUUUUAUUGAAGAAUAAAAUUUAAAUGUGAGCUUCAGUAGUAACUUGAUAUACUAGUUUGAUUAUUGUGUUACCUGUCACUUUGAUUUAGUGUUUUUUAUAUCUUGCACACAGUUACAGUAAGAAUAACUAUUUCUAAGAAGAUACAUUCAAAAUAAAUUGCUUAGUAGCUAAAUUAUUUCAUUACUGAAAAAUAAAAAAUCUUAAUGUGUGCAGUGACAUUUUUACAAUAAAACUAAUUUCAUUGUAGUAUUUGGAAUUGAUUGUAACAAGCUGCAUUAAAAAUGCAUUUUCAUUAAAAAUAAAAACAUCCAAAUGUG